CUUCCUUCUGGCCAGUCGCGCGUGGGCUGAGGCCCUGGGCGGGCGGUGCGAAGGCUUAUUUGCCAAAGCGGGGUACACGACGCAGUCCCGAGCUCCCUUCUCAAGGGGAGGCGGAAAAGGGUGUAAACCCCCUACCUAGGGUGAAUGGGCUGUCGCGUGAGCUGCUAAGGACAGACUGGGGAGCACGGGGGCCGGGGCCGCGACCAUGAACUCACCCGUGGACCCUGGAGCUAGGCAGGCGCUGAAGAAGAAGCCGCCCGAGCGGACGCCCGAGGACUUAAAUACUAUUUAUUCUUAUCUUCAUGGAAUGGAAAUAUUAUCAAAUCUCAGGGAACAUCAGCUUAGAUUAAUGUCUGCAAGAGCACGCUAUGAGAGAUACAGUGGCAAUCAAGUUCUUUUUUGUUCAGAAACUAUUGCCAGAUGUUGGUAUAUCCUGCUUUCUGGAUCUGUGCUUAUGAAAGACUCCAUGGUUUUGCCUCCUUGCAGUUUUGGUAAGCAGUUUGGAGGAAAAAGAGGAUGUGAUUGUCUUGUAUUAGAGCCUUCAGAAAUGAUUGUGGUAGAGAAUUCCAAAGAUAAUGAAGAUAGUAUUCUACAAAGAGAACUUCCUGCCAGACAGUCUCGACGACGGUUUCGGAAAAUUAACUGUAAAGGAGAACGCCAAACUAUUACUGAUGAUGUGGACAUUAACAGCUAUCUUUCACUUCCAGCCGAUCUUACCAAGAUGCACAUUUCAGACAACCCUCAUCCACAGGUGACUCAUGUGUCUUCUAGUCAGUCUGGUUGUAGCAUUGCCAGUGACUCUGGGAGCAGCAGUUUAUCAGAUAUCUAUCAGGCUACGGAAAGUGAGGUAGGAGAUGUAGAUUUAACACGUCUUCCAGAAGGACCUGUUGAUUCUGAAGAUGAAGAAGAGGAAGAUGAAGAGAUUGAUCGAACAGAUCCACUGCAGGGGCGAGAUCUUGUUCGAGAAUGUCUUGAAAAAGAACCUGCAGACAAAACUGAUGAUGACAUUGAACAAUUACUGGAGUUUAUGCACCAGCUUCCUGCUUUUGCAAACAUGACCAUGUCUGUAAGGAGAGAACUCUGCUCAGUGAUGAUUUUUGAAGUGGUGGAGCAGGCUGGAGCUAUUAUUCUUGAAGAUGGGCAAGAGCUUGACUCAUGGUAUGUUAUUUUAAACGGCACUGUAGAAAUUAGUCAUCCAGAUGGAAAAGUUGAAAAUCUCUUUAUGGGAAAUAGUUUUGGAAUUACACCCACUCUGGAUAAGCAGUACAUGCAUGGAGUUGUUAGGACUAAAGUAGAUGAUUGUCAGUUUGUCUGCAUAGCCCAGCAGGAUUAUUGGAGAAUUUUAAAUCAUGUGGAAAAAAAUACCCAUAAAGUUGAGGAAGAGGGAGAAAUUGUCAUGGUACAUGAGCACCGUGAACUAGAUCGCAGUGGAACCAGGAAAGGACACAUUGUAAUCAAGGCAACACCUGAGCGUCUCAUCAUGCAUUUAAUAGAAGAGCAUUCCAUUGUGGACCCAACUUAUAUAGAAGAUUUCCUUUUAACUUAUAGAACAUUUCUUGAAAGUCCUUUGGAUGUUGGGACCAAACUAUUGGAAUGGUUUAAAAUUGACAGCUUAAGGGAUAAGGUAACACGGAUUGUAUUAUUAUGGGUAAAUAAUCAUUUUAAUGAUUUUGAAGGUGAUCCUGCUAUGACUCGAUUUCUGGAGGAAUUUGAAAAAAAUCUGGAAGAUACAAAAAUGAAUGGUCAUCUCCGGUUAUUGAAUAUUGCCUGUGCUGCAAAGGCUAAGUGGAGACAAGUUGUGCUGCAAAAGGCUUCCCGGGAGUCCCCUCUGCAUUUCAGCCUAAAUGGAGGAAGUGAGAAGGCAUUUGGUAUUUUUGUUGAAGGUGUAGAACCUGGUAGCAAAGCUGCUGAUGCAGGACUGAAACGUGGUGAUCAGAUAAUGGAAGUAAAUGGACAAAACUUUGAGAAUAUAACGUUUGUGAAGGCCCUUGAAAUUUUGAGGAAUAAUACUCAUCUUGCACUUACUGUAAAGACCAACAUUUUUGUGUUCAAAGAGUUACUUACUAGGACUGAACAAGAGAAAUCUGGUGUUCCUCAUAUUCCCAAAAUUGCUGAAAAAAAAAGUAAUCGCCACUCAAUCCAGGAUGUACCAGGAGAUAUUGAACAGACAUCACAGGAGAAAGGAAACAAGAAAAUAAAAGCAAAUACUGUUUCAGGUGGAAGAAACAAAAUCAGGAAGAUUUUGGAUAAAACACGAUUUAGUAUCUUGCCUCCAAAACUGUUUAGGAAAACGUUUCCUCUUUCUGUAGUGCCUUUACCUGUUGUACCCACCCCGCCCUCCUCUGUUUCUCAGUGUGAAUUGUGUAAAAUCCUUCCUAGUGAUGUAGGCCUGAGCCAAUCACAGGACGACAGCAUUGUGGGAACAAGACACUGUAGGCACAGUUUGGCCAUAAUGCCUAUCCCUGGAACACUCUCAUCCAGCAGCCCCGAUCUCCUGCAGCCUACCACCAGCAUGUUGGAUUUUUCUAAUCCCUCAGAUAUUCCUGAUCAAGUUAUAAGAGUUUUCAAAGCAGAUCAACAAAGUUGCUACAUUAUCAUCUGUAAAGACACUACAGCUAAAGAAGUUGUUUGUCAAGCUAUUCAUGAAUUUGGUUUGACUGGUGCAUCUGACACAUAUUCUCUCUGUGAAGUUUCUGUUACUCCUGAGGGUGUCAUAAAACAGAGAAGACUUCCGGACCAGUUCUCCAAAUUAGCUGAUAGAAUUCAGCUCAAUGGAAGGUAUUAUUUAAAAAAUAACAUGGAAACAGAAACCCUGUGUUCGGAUGAAGAUGCUCAAGAACUAAUUAAGGAAAGCCAACUAUCCAUGCUGCAGCUCAGUACUAUUGAGGUGGCCACUCAGCUGUCAAUGAGGGACUUUGAUUUAUUUCGUAAUAUUGAGCCUACUGAAUAUAUUGAUGACCUUUUUAAGUUAGAUUCAAAAACAGGAAAUACUCACUUGAAAGAAUUUGAAGAUAUUGUAAACCAAGAGACAUUCUGGGUGGCCUCAGAGAUUUUAACUGAAUCAAAUCAGCUCAAACGAAUGAAGAUUAUUAAACAUUUUAUUAAAAUUGCACUUCAUUGUCGAGAAUGUAAGAACUUCAAUUCCAUGUUUGCAAUAAUAAGUGGCUUGAACCUGGCAUCUGUAGCACGACUCAGAGGUACUUGGGAAAAGUUACCAAGCAAGUAUGAGAAACACCUCCAAGAUCUACAAGACCUUUUUGAUCCAUCUAGAAACAUGGCAAAAUAUAGAAAUAUUCUUAGUAGUCAAAGCAUGCAGCCUCCAAUUAUUCCACUCUUCCCCGUUGUCAAGAAAGAUAUGACAUUUCUACAUGAAGGAAAUGAUUCCAAAGUAGAUGGUUUAGUAAAUUUUGAGAAGCUCAGAAUGAUUGCCAAGGAAAUUCGUCAAGUUGUUCGAAUGACUUCUGCUAACAUGGACCCAGCUAUGAUGUUCCGACAGAGGAAGAAGAGGUGGCGGAGUCUGGGGUCACUGAGUCAAGGCAGCACAAAUUCAAACAUGCUGGAUGUUCAGGGAGGUGCUCACAAAAAAAAGGCACGCCGUAGCUCUCUGCUUAAUGCUAAGAAGCUGUAUGAAGAUGCCCAAAUGGCAAGGAAAGUGAAGCAAUAUCUUUCCAGUCUGGAUGUAGAAACAGAUGAGGAGAAGUUCCAGAUGAUGUCAUUGCAAUGGGAGCCUGCAUAUGGUACCUUGACCAAGAAUCUAAGUGAGAAAAGAUCAGUCAAGUCAUCAGAAUUGUCUCCAGUGCCUGUGAGGUCAGCUGGCCAAGCAGCUAAAGCCCAUUUGCAUCAGCCCCACAGAGUGAGCCAGGUGCUUCAGGUGCCAGCUGUAAAUUUGCACCCCAUCAGGAAGAAGGGACAAGCCAAAGACCCUGCCACACUGAGUACAAGUUUACCUCAGAAAGUUUUAGGAACAACUGAAGAAAUAAGUGGUAAGAAACAUACAGAAGACACUACUUCUAUGGCAUCAUCCUUACAUUCUAGUCCUCCUGCGUCUCCUCAAGGUUCCCCUCGCAAAGGUUAUACACUUAUACCAUCAGCUAAAUCUGACAACUUGUCUGACUCCAGCCAUAGUGAGAUUUCUUCACGGUCCAGCAUUGUGAGCAAUUGCUCUGCUGACUCCAUGUCUGCAGCUCUACAGGAUGAACGGUGUUCCUCCCAGGCUGUGGCAGUCCCUGAAUCCACUGGAGCAUUUGAAAAGACAGAGCACUCCUCAGGGAUAGGAGACCAUAGUCAGCCUGGCCCUGGGUGGACACUCUCAAAGCCAUCACUAAUCAAGAAUUUAGCUGUCUCAUCUUCUAUGAGCAAUGACGAGAUUUCUCACGAGCAUAUCAUUAUAGAAGCAGCUGAUAGUGGUCGUGGAAGUUGGACUUCCUGUUCAAGCAGCUCCCAUGACAACUUCCAAAGCCUUCCAAACCCAAAAGGCUGGGAUUUUUUGAACUCUUACCGACAUACCUAUUUGGAUGGUCCCAUAGCUGAAGUUGAACCCACUGACUGUGAGCCCUGUACCUGUCCUAAAGGCUGCUCUCUAACUUGUGGUCAGUGUAAAGGAAGCCUAGAGACUAAUCAGAUGAGGCAGAGUUGGGCUUCCUCUAGUUCUCUGUCUGAUACAUACGAACCAAACUAUGGGACAGUUAAACGGAGAGUGUUGGAGAGCACCCCAGCUGAGUCAUCUGAAGGCUUGGACCACAAGGACGGCAUCGACCCCGUUUAUAAAACUGUUACUUCGAGUACAGAAAAGGGCUUAAUUGUGUACUGUGUCACUUCACCCAAGAAGGAGGAUAGGUAUAGGGAGCCACCUCCCACUCCUCCAGGAUACAUGGGGAUUUCUUUAGCAGACCUAAAGGAAGGACCCCACCUACACCUAAAACCUCCAGAUUAUAGUGUGGCAGUGCAGAGGUCAAAGAUGAUGCAUAACAGCCUCUCUAGACUGCCACCAGCUUCUCUCAGUAGCAACCCUGUGGCCUGUGUUCCUUCGAAGAUCGUAACUCAGCCUCAGAGGCAUAAUUUGCAGCCAUCCCAUCCUAAACUAGCAGAUGUGACUGACGCAGAUAGCGAAGCAGAUGAAAAUGAACAGGUUUCAGCAGUGUAGCCUUUGGAUUGACCUGAUUGAAGUCUACUGAAAGUCACGGAGGAAGGAGUGAGCAGAACGAACUCACAAUUCUGCAGGCCGUUGCCAACAGAUAGCUCGCUGCUCCUGCUGCUAACCCAGAGGUUUUAUUUCCUGUACUCUGAGCAAUGAGAUAGCCCUGAAUCAUGCUUCCUUUCAUUUAAUCCCUGCAGAUGCAUAGUUUCCUCAGCUAUGGAUGUUGUGCCUGGAUACCAGUCUUCGCUUUGCACACCAGACCUGCCUUGGGACCACAGUUACUAGAGCAAAUUCAAACUCGAGUCCUCCCCAUAUAUAUCACUAUAGAUUUUCCUUUAACAUGUUAUUUUUAAGAUAGUAAUAGUGGUAGUAUUUUCAAGCCAUAGCUUGGGUUAACAGACAAAUUCAGAAUGUCUGCCAAUACCAAGGAUAUUUUUAUGUAUUUGAAAAGUAACUUAUUAUUUGAAGUUUUGUGGUUUUGUUUGUAUUUGGGAGCUCUUGUUAAUUGAUGUUCAUGUUUGAGGCCAUAAAACUAUGUCUCUGAUUUGACCAAACUGAAGCCAUCUUUACAGGAUGAUGUUUGAUCUAUACAGAGAUGUAAUCAUCUGUAGCACCAACGAAACGUAGGGUCUCAGUUUGAGUGGAACAGGAAUCUCCGGUUGCUGUUGAGGUGUUAGGAAGGAGAAUACUGCCAUCUGCUGGUCAGGAUUUGGAAAGCCAAAUGAAGCUACCACAGGGUCCUAGCAGUCUCUUGGGAAAAGGAAGGGGGUAUGAUGGGGUGUGUAGCAACCCUAAUUUCCAAAGAAUGAAAUGUUUAUCUUACGUAACAUGUAUACCAAUUCUUUCUGAAGUGAAAGUCAUUCUCUAACUGUAACUAUAAGUAUAAAUCCAGUAAAUAGAGAAUGAGUUCUAGACAGUUCUACUCUGUAGAAACCCAUACCUAAAAUUUUUCACAACUCAAAUAUGGAGUGUUUUUAAAGGACAUGUUAUCUUUGGCGGUAUAGCUAUGAAGAUCAAUUUAGCUUUAUGCGGUGUUCUGCAGCACCCACCACGCAACCCCCGUCUCACAGCACAAGGCUGUUUUUAAUCUUCAUAAACCCUGCAGCUCCCAGUGCCUGCAGGUAAAGCUCAUUAGCACACCGAGGUCUAUAAUUGGUUGAAAAUUUGUGGGGGAAAGAGGAGCUAGAAUUAUGGAAGAUAUUAUUUCUUGGUUUUCACUGUAGGCCUUGAGAGGAAGGAGAUAUAUAUAUA